AUGAGUCUGUUUGAGUGUUUUACAAGGAUAAAUGGAGAUGUUGUUGGUGGAUAUUUGAGAAGAGAUGGUGAUGAUUCUGAUGGUGAAGCUCAGGGAAGAUGUGAAGCUGAGUUGCAGUUAUGUCGCAGGGAAGACAAUGAAUUGCAGGUGCUGAGCUUGUGCUGGUUCAGGUGCUUGAGAAAUGCAGCUGAAUUGAAGGCAGAUGUUGCUGUUUUGAGGUUUUGCUGCGAUGCAGUACUGCAGGCAAGGAAGGAACUGAAUCGGUUGAAGUAUUGCAAUGUAGGCUUAGCGGGAAAAGAUCCUAAUCGUCACUUGCAACAAUUUCAUCAUGUUGUGACUAGUUUGAAGCAAGCAACUGCAGAUGCGGAUAUGACUAUGAUGACAACGUUUCCUUUCUCCCUUAUAGAAGCUGCAGGAGAAUGGUUCUUUUGCUUACCUCUUGGGAGUAUAACCACAUGGAAUGGGAUGAAGAAGUUAUUCCUUGAGAAGUAUUUUCCGGCAUCAAAAGCAGCAGUGAUUCGAAAGGAGAUUUGUGGUAUUAUGCAAGUAUCCGGAGAGACUCUUUAUGAGUAUUGGGAGCGUGGUGGUGCACUCACCAACAAAACCAUUGCGGAAGCUACAAGCUUGUUGGAGAACAUGGCUGCAAACAUGCAACAAUUCUUCACUAGAGCUGAACCAAUGCUAAGGAAGGUGAAUGAAGUUGGUGAUUCUUCACAUUUGGAACAUAGAUUGGGUAACAUGGAGAAGAUGAUGCAUCAAAUAGCAGCAGCUGUCAUACCAUCAUCAUACAACGAAGAUGUUGAGCAAAGAAGUGCUAUGUACCAAAAUCAGCAAAGGCCAAGAUAUGAUCCGUACUCCAACACAUACAAUCCAGGUUGGCGAGAUCAACCGAAUUUCAGUUACGGAAACAAGCAAGCUGUAACAAAUACUACUUUCAAUAAACAAGGUGGGUACCAAUUCUUGCAAAGGCCACGUCAAGAAACUCAAGGCACGAGUAUAGAUGACAAGUUGAAUCUUAUUCUCAACACACUGGCGCAAGACAAGAAAAAUUCAGAGAUGGAUAUGAAGGACAUACGUACACAAAUGAGUCAACUAGAUAUUACUGUGAGCAAAUUGGAAGCACAAGCAGCUGGAAAACUUCCUUCACAACCAUUAAAUCAUAAGGAGAAUGCCAAUGCUAUUGAGCUACAAAGUGGGAAGCAAAUAGAGAAAUCGGCAACAUCAUCGGUGUCCCAUGAACCUGAUUUGUGGAAAGAAGAUGGUGAAAAAUCCCCUAAAAAGGAUGACCCGAUAACAAAUUCUAACUCUAAAAAUCGUGUUUCUACUUAUGCUACUCCUCCGCCUUUUUCUAGAAGGUUUGAAAAGUCGAACAAAAAGACAUUGUACCAAGACAUUUGGGAGAUCUUUGAACAUUCCACUAAUUGA